GAAACGCCCAACGGCAGCAGUCAGGUGACACUGGUGGAGCACGUGGAGGCAGACCCCUUGGGAGUGCCGCCGCUCUUCAGACCAAUCGUGGCAGCAGCGCUGGGUUUCGGAGCAGCGAGGUGGAUGGCAGCGCUGCACCACCAGUGUGUGCGCUUCGGGGAGCUGCUAGGGAACCCCACGUCGAGGGACAGUGGCAUCGUGUCGCAGCAGGGCCGCCGCGCCAUGCUUCGCCUCGCCGGCCGCAUGCUCUCCAACUUCUGUGUCGGGCUCUCCUCCUCCACCAGGUACACCCAGCACCAGGUAACCUUUGAGUUUACUCGAAGGCUGCCACGCGCCAUGCUGCGCGUGGCAGGGCGCAUGCUCUCUAACUUCUGUGCUGGCAUCUCCUCCUUCACCAGGCACUCUUGGAAGGUGACAGACAACUCAGACCGCGCCUCUGCUGCUAGUACUGCUGCAGGGGGGGGCGCCACAGCCGCCGGCGCCAGCACUGCAGGGGGAGGCGGGAUGGGGGGCGAGGGGGAGGGCAUGGGGGGCGCGGGUGGGGCGUCAGCAGCAGCAGCAGCAGCGAUGGGGGCGGUGGAGGUGUGGGUGGCGAUGAGACGCAGUGUGACGGGCGCGGGGGAGCCUCUGGGAGUCAUUCUCAACGCCGCUGCUUCUGUGUGGCUGCCCGUGCCCAUGCCUCUCGCCUUUGAGUUCCUGCGCAACGAGCAGACGCGGCUUGGGUCAGAAGCAGCGGCGAUGGGGGCGGUGGAGGUGUGGGUGGCGAUGAGACGCAGUGUGACGGGGGCAGGGGAGCCCCUGGGGGUGAUUCUCAACGCUGCUGCUUCUGUGUGGCUGCCCGUGCCCAUGCCUCUCGCCUUUGAGUUCCUGCGAAACGAGCAGACGAGGCGUGAGUGGGACAUCUUGACAAGCGGGUCGGUCGUAUCGGAGAUGGGGCGCAUACCCAUAGGUGUGGACCAUGGCAACUGUGUGUCACUGCUCAAGGUGCAGCAGGCGGCAGCAGGCCCAGGGGCACAAACCAACAUGCUCAUUCUCCAAGAGACCACCUUCGACCCCUCAGGUGCCCUCAUAGUGUACGCACCGGUGGACAUACCAGCAAUGAAGGAGGUCAUAUCAGGCGGCUCCUCCGACUCGGUCGCUCUCCUCCCCUCGGGCUUCUCCCUCCUCCCCGAUUGUGCCCUCUCCUCCGACCAACGAGUAGCUCUCUUCCACGCCGCCCCCGUCCAGCCCACCGCGGGCGGCGCCGCCUCGGCAGCAUUCGCCGGGGGGGCAGCAGGGAAUGGCCGGUAUGGGGGGGCGGAGGAGGGGUGGCAGCAGGGAGGCGAGGUGGAUAGCUUGGCGGCGCAGGCGAUGCGGAGCGCUGCGAGGAAGAGGGCGCUGGGACACGUUCCGGAAGGGUCCAUCCUCACUGUCUCGUUCCAAAUCCUCGUCAGCCCUAAUCCCCAGGCGAAGCUGACAACGGAGAGCAUGGCGACGGUGAACUCCCUCAUCUGCUGCACCGUGCAGCGCAUCCGCCAGGCCAUGGACGUUGCCGCCGCCACACUCUAG